UCUAAGGUCUCUCUACAAAAUCUUAUUACUUUCUUUACUUGCAAUCUCCAAAAGCCAUCACUAUGAUCAGUUCCAAGAAACUCAUCAACAUGGCCAAGAAAUGGCAGAAAUUUGUUAUAAUCAGAAGGAAAAGGAUUUCAUUUCCAGAACAGAAUGGUUGCAGUACAUCAUCAGCAGUUAACAAAGGCCAUUUUGUUAUCUACACAGCUGACCAAAAGCGAUUUGUUAUUCCCCUAUCGUUUCUUGACAACGAAAUCAUCAGACAACUCUUAGAAAUGUCGGAAGAAGAAUUUGGACUUCCAAGUGAUGGACCUAUUACAUUACCAUGUGAUGCAGUCUUCAUGAAGUACAUCAUUUCGCUACUUAGCCGAGGUGCAAGCACAGAACUACAGAAUGCUUUGCUUGUUUCAGUAACUUCAAACCGGUGCUCCUCAGCUUCAUUGCAUCAAGGAUGGAGAAAUAAUCAACUUCUUGUUUGCUGACUUCAUUAUCAGAAUUUUUUUUGUAAACUAUAGAAAGUUAGAGAUAGCUGAUUCAUCAAAUGGUGUAGCAAUGCUAAUCCCUCAUAUAGAAUAGUAUACUCUUAUCAGACAACUAAUUUUAAGUCUAUUUGAAGCUUUCAAAGCUUCAAUUACAAAU